CUCCGACAAGUCCUCCAGCGAUCCUUCGCGACUCUGACCAUGGCAAGUAAAGCAAAAAAUCCAGACGUCAAAGUUCUCAAAGGCCAAGAAGCGGAAGAUGCGGUUUUACAGUACAUGAAAAAGAUGAACAGACCAUUCGGCGCUGUCGAUAUUUCUGCUAAUCUGAAGGGUGCUGUUCCGAAAACCCUGACAGCCAAAAUUCUGGUUGCCCUCACCGAAAAGGGAGAGAUCGUGCAGAAAACCUACGGAAAGACCAACUUCUACGUGGUAAAUCAGGCCAAGGUCGGAACGCUACCGCAGGAAGAACUGCUGGGACUCGAAGCGGAGUGUAAAUCAGUAGAAGACGACAACUCCGCGCUUUCUGCACAAGUCAAACAGCUUACAACAGAACUUGCGAAGCUCAAAAGCACGCCUACAGAUUCGGAUAUUGACGAGCAACUGGCCGAGGCAGAAGUGACUACUCAGAAGCUCCUAGAGAGCCUCACACCACUGAGAACCGGGCAACCUAUGACGUCCGCUGAAGACAUGGCUCGGAUCGAUGUCGAUUGGGCGCGUUGGCGAUCAGAAUGGGUUCGCAGACGAAAGAUUUUCAACGCAUUCUGGCAGAUUGCAACGGACGCAUUGUCACCGCAAGAUGCCGCGGCCCUUGCAGAGGACCUUGGAAUCGAAAAGGGACCAUUGUGUGCUCCUCGCAAACGGGAGUGAUCAUCCCGACUCACUUGUAACAUAUGUUCUGCUCUCCCGAGAUGAUAUCAUAACAGCCGUGUAUUAAGAUCGAAAAGACAUACGGUUACAAUAAGCGUCGGACGGUAAAAUACAUUCAGUGUUACUGAUCCCAACGAACAUGAUUGAAAAG